AUGACGCAAGAACGCUUUGAGCACUUACUGAGUUUGGUUGGACCGCGAAUUACCAAAACAAACACAAGGAUGAGAGAGGCUGUCAGUGCAGCUGAUAGACUAACACUGACGCUCCUGGAUUUGGCAAGUGGUGAUGACCAACAGAGCCUCAGCUUCUUGCAUAGAAUUGGCAGAACAACUGUGAGUCACAUUAUCAACGAGACACUCUAUGCUAUUUGGCUGAUAUUGAAGGACAAAUAUGUAGGCCCACCUAAAUCCGCCAGCAACUGGAAUAACAGUUCAAAGGACUUUGAAUCUACUUGGCAUCUGCCGCACUGUAUUGGGGCAAUUGAUGGGAAACAUAUAGCAAUGCAGUGCCCCCAAAACAGUGGUUCUUUGUAUCACAACCAGAAAGGAUGCUUUAGUAUUGUACUAUUGGCUAUGUGCGAUUCAAGUUAUAACUUUACUUUAGUUGAUAUUGGCCAAUACGGUAGUAAAAAUGACAGCAGUGCUUAA